AUGGACAUCGAAAAGAAAGAAGAACAACCACUUAGAUCCACCACCGUCUCCAUCUCCGGCGACCACAACCCUAAACUCAAACGCCGGAGAUGCAUCACCAUCUGCUCAAUAAUAACCGGAGUAAUCCUCAUCAUCGCAUUAAUACUACUCAUCUUAUCCUUAACCGUCUUCAAAGCCAAAAAACCGGUCAUGACACUGAAUUCAGUGGAGCUAGAGGACUUGGACGUAAAAAUAACUCCAUUACCACUUCAAAUUUCCUUAAACCUUUCAGUCGCUUUAGACCUGACAAUUAAGAAUCCUAACAAAGUCAGUGUGACGUACCAGCCCAGCUCGGCUAUUCUCCGGUACAAAGGAAGAGAUAUCGGUGAUGUUCCUGUACCGGCGGGGAAAAUUGGAGCGGAUGAUAGCGAGCGGUUGAAUCUGACGCUUGUUAUUUUUAUUGAUCGGUUGGUUACGGAUUCUGAGAUGUAUAGAGAUGUUCUUGGAGGUAAUUUGCAGAUUUCGACUUAUACAAGGGUGAAAGCUAAAGUUCGUGUGGUGUUUUUUAAUGUUCAUGUUACAUCUGCGUCGACUUGUGACGUGAAUGUUGAUAUUGCAAGUAGAAGUGUUUCGAAUCAGACUUGUCAUUACAAGAAUAAUCUAGGCUGA